GUCGUUAGCGGAAUGUCAUGGUCUCACAGUGACCUCCAGUAUCAGAAAUGAGUCAGCAGACUUUGGCAUAACAGGUCAAAAGAGGUCGCUGGCAGCGUGUGUGUUAAAACCCACGGCGUGCCCCUACAGCGCCAUACUUCACCUUGCCUUAGGAGGUAGAAGCAGAGUUUUAGACACCAUGCUGUUUGUCCUAGCGAUUAUUUCGAUCUACGCGUCUGCUGCUUUGGCAGACAGCGCGUGCCAUAGUUACAAAGCUGGCUCCACCUGUCAGACCGACAGCCUGUACUGUAGCGGAAGUUACGUCAGUGGAAAGUGUUUGGGGGCUACCAACAGGAGGUGCUGCGUGCCCGGAUCUGGUGACAGUGCAUGCACCAGCCAGGGGGGCACUUGCAAGUACGACUCCAACUCGUGCAGUGGUUCUUAUAAGUCCGGGCUGUGUGCUGGACCAACCGCCAGACGCUGCUGCGUUUCAGGAAGCGGAAGCGGCUGGGUUGACAACAAUGGAUACAAGGUGUCAGAUGCUGAUGUCAACAGCAAGCUUCAGAAAAUUGCCAACUUGUACGGAAAAAGAGUCUGGUUGACAAGUGGCGAUCGCCCAUAUCAAUCCAAUACUGCAUCUCAUCAUUAUGUUAAACGAGCUGCUGACUUCUGGAUCGACGGAGAGAGUUCUGGUCAGGCUAUCUGGAGCAGGCUGAAGUCAAGCGGCAUUCUGGCCAGAGACUACCAGGUGAUCUGGCACGGCUCCCGCACCUGUACUGGAGGAGAACACAUCCACAUAGGUCGUUAUGGGGACAACAGGAGCACGUGCUGGGUUAUAGAGGGUACCUCGUCCGCCAACUACUGCCAGUACCAUUGUCAGUGAUGCCCAAGGACAGCGAUGGCCAAGUUGUAAAGGAGGUGAUGGAGAUGCUGAUGGAUUUUGAAUGGCCUAUAUUGUGAAUUCAAUGAUAUUGGAAAAUAAAAAAGAAUGUA